AUUGGCUGCCACAGCAGCUUGAAAAUUCCCACGUCAUCCAUACCGCCGCACCCAUCUGCCAUGAGUUAAUUGUCCCGGCACCUCGCACUCAAAGAGACAACGAGACGACACAGUUGAACCUUGCAUCUCGGCUCUAUCCAUCGGCGCCCCUUUUGUAUUGUCUUGGUAUGCCUUGCACUGCAGGUGCCAUGGAAGGCCAGAAGGACCUAGUCCAAAGGCCUCGAGAGGUCUUUCUAUUCGUCGUGAAUGGUGAAGCUUCGGUGGAGGCUGCCAGCCCGGAUCUGGAUGCCGCUGAUCGCAGGGGGAGACCUGGGAGGAAGCGGCCACACUAUAAGAGCCGCCGUGGCUGUCUCGUCUGCAAACAACGGAGGGUAAAGUGUGACGAGCAGUUCCCCUGCUCCAACUGUCUAAAGAGGCAUGAAAGAUGUAUUCGCUCAAACACUGCAGGAAGUAGAAACAAUGAAUUAAGUACACGCAUCUCGCAACCUCUUAAUGUGUUGAUGGUGGAGGAUACUAGUAUGAAUUUGCUUCACUUGGAAUUAUUUUCCCAUUUUCAAAGAAGCCUGGUUGAUACACUUGCCUUUUCUGAAAUCUGGGAACAGGUGCUGCCGUGGUCGUUUCAGGAACCCUACAUCAUGUGUACUAUCCUUUGUCUUGCAGCGAUGCAUCUUGCCACCGUACGGCCCCAGUCUCCUCGCUAUUCAGAUGUCGCUGUCCAGUUUCUCAGCAAGUCGGCGUCACUGUUUAGUGAAAAGCUAUCUCGCCCCGUUACAGCCCAGAACAGCGAAGCCGUGAUAGCAGCUUCUAUCUUGAUGCAUUAUAUAUCAUGGAGCCAUAUCGGAUUUAUCGACAAGCAGGAGAAGUUUCAAUACCAAAGAGGCAACAGUCCUUUGGCUAUGCAACUCUCAAAAGACCCCCUUCUCCAAUUGAGUUUUGGAGUGCAAGGAAUAUUGAAUGAAGCAUUCCGUAUACUCAUGGGCAGUGAUAGCGUGUUUCUUACUACAGGGCUUUACAGCCCAGUAUAUGCGAUAGAAGAAGCCAUUUUACAACAGGGAGAAGACCCCUGGAGAUUUGUGCACUACUUCAUGGGGAUCUCAGAUGACCCUCGGUGCCAACCGCCAGGCGAUGACCUGUCGUCAUACAAGGAAAACCCCACUGGCUGUCUAUGGUUACGCGAAAACAGGUGUAAUACCGAGACAGCGCUGGUGCCACCACAGGAACCUCCUAAUACUCAGCAAGUCGCUUUCGAGGGUAUUGCUAAGAGGCUUUCGCUACUCUUUUGCCUGACCUCGAUAUCUUCCUCUACCAACAGUUCGGCAUCCCAAGCCUUAACGCGCCUUCAACCUGACAUCGAGCGUUGUUUCUUCUCUUUCCCCGUUCACUAUAGCCGCGCCUUCCGCGAACUCGCUAUACGGGGAGACUCGAGGGCACUGAUUAUUCUCUGCCACUUUUAUCGCGCCGCGCGUAUCCUCCUCACCGGCCCGAGAACUUGGUGGGCCAGGCAGAGAAGUCGCGUCAUCGAAUGUUUGAUCCUAGAAGAUUUGACUUCGAGGGGGUUAGAUAGGUAUGUUGUAAGCGAAGGAUUUUAGGGUUGUUUUUUUGAUCAGGGCACCAGUUGAGAGACCGUCAGAAGAGGUACUAUGUUGGUAUUCAGUGUGUCUUGCCAAUAAGACCGUACGGAAUAGAAUGAGCAAAGGAAUGUUUGGAUCUCUAGACCCUUCACAGUGUCUGUUGAUAUUUACAUCGCUGCGUCUCGAACGUAGGUGGGCCUCACGGCCCCCUGCAGUGCGUACGAGGGAUCAGAUCAAGGUAGUAUUGAGUGCCUACAAUGAAGGACAAGAAGCUGUUUUGUACCAUUAUGAUGAGACAUGUAAUUUGUGUACGCCAUGUUGUGGG